AUGUUGGAAUCUCCGCUCUCGCUGGACCCUACAGCUCUGACCCCCAGAAUGUCACCGGCUGCACAGGUGAGCGCCCUGCCUGCUCUGGUGCUGGCCCGCCGGGUUCCAGCUGCUCCAGCCAAUGUGAGCCUCACCAACUCUGGCAGCUCCUCGGUGCUGCGUGCUGCCUGGGAUGAGCCCCCUGGGGGCAGGGACCACUACCGGGUUAUUCUGUACAGCCUGGCGCCCUGGGGCAUAGAGACAGCUCAGUCCCUGGGACCCAACGCUCAGAACAUCACCUGGACUCACUUGGCAGCGGGCAGCAGAUUCACUGCACAAGUCACUGCUGUGAAAGGUCCCUACGAAUCUUCCUCUGUCAACGUCACCCAAUGGACAUACCCCCUGGCCCCUGCCAACCUCACCCUGGCCAGCCCCUCUGCCUCCGCCCUGCAGGUCUCCUGGACGGGGACGGAGGGGAGAGGAGAGGGCUACACCGUGGUUCUGUACAACGUCUCCUCUGGCAGGCACGUUGGCCACACCUUGCUCCCCUGGAGCGCUAGGAACCACACCUUCCAGAGCCUGACCCCGGGCACCCGCUACAGCGUGGGAGUGAGCACCACGGCAGGGCCUUACCACUCUAGCACCCCCAACCUCACCCACUGGACACACCCUGUGGCCCCUCUGACUGUGAGUGUGGCAAACCAAGGACACCCCGACAGGCUGAGCGCGUCCUGGGGAGCAGCCGCCGGGGGCCGCGAGGGCUACGUGCUGACCCUGUACCACGCAGGAUCGGGUGCGGUGGCAGCCAGGGCCAUUGCCGGGGAGGACACCCACAAUUUCACCUUCACAGAGUUGGCCCCAGGAUACAGGCACUCGCUGGAGGUGGUCUCCAUUGCCGGGCCCUACAGGGCGGCCGCAGACAACGUCAGCGACUGGACCUAUCCUCUGCCACCCCCUAACAUAUCCCUGAUGAAUCAGGGGCACUCCGACAGGCUGACCGCAUCCUGGGGAGCCGCAGCAGGGGGCCGGGACGGCUACACGCUGACCCUGUACCACGCGGGAUCGGGUGCCGUGGCAGCAAGGGUCUCUGUUGGGAACGACACCCACAAUUUCACCUUCAUGAACCUGGCCCCAGGAAGCCAGUACUUGCUGGAGCUGGCUUCCACGGCUGGGCCCUAUGGGAUGUCCACAGGGAACAUCAGCAACUGGACAUACCCUUUGGCACCCCCUAAUGUGUACCUGAGAAACCAGGGGCACUCCGACAGGCUGAGCGCAUCCUGGGGAGCAGGCGCUGGGGAGCGAGAUGGCUACACGCUGACCCUGUACCACGCUCAAGCAGGCACGGUGGCAGCAAAUGCGUCUGUGAGGAAGGAUGCCCACAAGUUCACCUUCUCAGGCCUGGCUCCAGGACACAAGUAUUUGCUGGAGGUGGCCUCUGUGGCUGGGCCCUACCGGACAUUCGCUGGGAACAUCAGCGACUGGACGAUGAAUUUCUCUGCGAUGCCUGGGGAGAGCCGCACUGUGCUGGCCGUGUCCUGGGGCCAAGCCCCCAGCCAGCAGGAUUACUGCCAGCUGUGGCUGCGGGGUCCCGGAAACACACUACCACAGAGGCAAACCCUGGCGGGGGGACAAGUCCAGCACUUCUUCCGGGGGCUGGUCCCAGGCAGAAAUUACUCAGUUUCCCUGAGCUGCGUGGCUGGGCCUUACUGGAGCAGCACGGGCAUCUUGGUGGUGCCAAUAGCGCCUGACCCAGUGGAAGAUCUGCAGUGCCAGCCUGACUCCAAGGGCUUUUCCCUGAGCUGGACCUUCCCCGCUGGAGAUGUGGAGACCUGCGAGCUGGCGGCAGAGAGGCUGUCCGGGGGGUCCCCUCAGGCUGAGGCUUGGGUGAUCGCUCCCAGGAGCAAGACCAGCCUGUGGGGUUUGGAGCCAGACUCUUCGUACCGAAUCAGCGUGAGCGCAGUAGGCAGGAACGGGCUGAGGAGCCGGGCCGUGACUCUGGUCUGCAACACGUCAGCAGAGGUCCUGCCUCCGCCGGUACGAGCAGAUGUCCCACGGGUCGAGCCUGGCUCCAGAGUGCUCAUCUCCCCCGACACGUUCAGCGAGGAGAACGGCCAGAUCGAGUACUAUGCUGUCAUCGUCACCAGCAACGAGUCGUUGUCGAGGCCCACCCAGGAAACCGUGUCCAGCACCUGGUACGAUCACUAUUAUGGACAGGAGGACUCCUACGUGGCUGUGCUGCUCCCCAAUCCUUUCCAUCCAGACAAGAGGAGUACUCCCCAAAUCUGGUCGGUGCCAGUGGGAACGGAUGAGUGUGGUCAGUCCCGGGAGAUCUGCAAUGGGAAGCUGAAGGCAAACACUCAGUACAGGUUCAGCAUUGCAGCUUUCACCAAAUACGACCUGGUGGAUCCUUCUGUGUCCUUCACGGCAUUUUCAGCGGCUGGAGCUGGUGCAGACCCCAGUCCUGUUACCGUGCCAGUCGUGGCUGGGAUUGUUGCGGGCUUUCUCCUGACACUUGGCGUGAUUUUCGGAUGGGUCUACUGGAAGCGGGUCCGAUCAAAAAGAACCAAGAAGAGUAACUUAUCGCAAGAAAUGACCACAUACAGCUUGAGAAAUGUCCACCGGCCAAUCCCCAUCCAGAGCUUCAAGCAGUAUUACGAGGCGAAGACGGCAAACGCCAACCACGGCUUCUUCCAGGACUUUGAGGAGCUGAAGGAGGUAGGGAAGGAGCAGCCUAAGGUGGAAGCGGAACUUCCAGCUAACGUGUCCAAGAACAGAUACCCCCACGUGCUGCCCUACGACCACUCAAGAGUCAGGCUGAGCCUGCUGGGGGAGGAGCCCCACUCUGACUACAUCAAUGCCAACUACAUCCCCGGCUACGCCUCCCCACAGGAGUUCAUCGUCACCCAAGGGCCACUGAAGAAAACCAUUGAGGAUUUCUGGAGGCUGGUGUGGGAGCAGAGCGUCUGCAACAUCAUCAUGCUGACAGUGGGCAUGGAGAACGGACGGGUGCUGUGUGAUCACUACUGGCCCUCAGAGUUGUCUCUGGUCUCCUACGGACACAUCCACGUGGACCUGCUCUCCCAGAGCAGCGCUGACGAGUGGACCAUGCGCACGUUCAAGCUCUGGCAUGGCCCUGAACAGAACAGAAGACAUGUGACCCACCUGCACUACACGGCGUGGCCUGACCACGGCAUUCCUGAGUCCACAGCUUCCCUGAUGGCCUUCCUGGACCUGGCCCGAGGGCACAUGCAGAAGGCCAAGGGUUCUGGGCCAACGCUGGUGCACUGCAGUGCGGGGGUGGGCCGCAGCGGCACCUUCAUCGCCUUGGACCGGCUGCUGCAGCAGCUGAAGCAGGAGAAGGUGGUGGACGUGUUCAAUACCAUUUACACCAUGCGGAUGAGCCGCUACUCGAUGAUUCAGACGUUGGGCCAAUAUGUUUUCCUGCACAGCUGCAUUCUGGAGAAGAUCACAGAGGAGCUGCUCUUGGGCCAGUCUGGGACGGAGAUCUCCUGCCCGAUCCCUCUCAAAAGCUUCCUGCAGCACCAUGCGCAGAAAUCGGCCAAGUCCAAUGCGGGCUUCCUGCGGGAGUAUGAGAUCCUCCUAGAGGUUGCAAAGGACAAAGCCAGCUCUGCAGCACCAUCUACAGGCAUCCAGGAGAGCCGCCCUGGCUCCAGCAUCCUCCCAUAUGAUCGCUCCAGAGUGAAAUUUUCCCCUCUGGAACAAGGCCCCUUCUCGGAUCUCAGCCAGACCUGGCUCCUCCCGGGCUGCAAUUCAACCAGGGACUAUCUGGCUGUGCAAGGACCCGACAAGGUGACCAUGGAGGAAUUCUGGCGCUUGGUGUGGGACCAUGGUGUGCACACCAUAGUCACCCUGCUGCCAUGCCAGGAGAAGAGCCAGGUUUUGAGCGAUGCAUGCUGGCCCCUGGAGGGCAGCCCAGUCUACACAGAGUUGUUGACCAUCCAGCGGGGCCUGGAGAAGCACGUCUCAGGAUGGAGGUGCAUUCAGCUCAAACUGAAACACGAGAAGAAAGUGAAGGAGAGGCAGGUGCAGCGAUUCCUGUAUCCUCUGUGGGGAUGCCAGCAGCAGCCAGAUGUCCAGCUGCUGGUGGAGUUCCUCACCGCAGUUAGACGGUGCAUGCCACACAGAAAGCGAGCCGGCCCACUGCUCCUGCACUGCAGCAGUGGCAUUGGCCAGAUGGGGAUGCUGAUCGCCCUGGAUUGCCUGCUGCACCAGAUGAAAGCGGAGCGAAGUGUGGAUGUCUAUGGAGUCACCCUCAGGCUGAUGAGAAGCUGUUGCCUCAUGACCCCGACGCUGGAUCAGUAUGUGUUCUUGUACACGUGCAUCCGGGACAUCCUCACCCAGAAACAGCCCUAGGAAGAGCACAGCAGCUCCUGCCCCCAAGAGAGCCCGGCACUAGGGGCAGGCUGAGGAGAGCGCAUCACAGGGCUAUUUGCACAAACCUGACUGAAGCUCCCUCCGGAGAGAAGGGGACCCACCUGGGGCAGAUACACCAGUCAGCUCCCCACCCCUUGAGGCCAACUCGGAUGAGGAGCUAAGGCUGGGUUAGCCUGCAUCAGCAGUUCAGAAUCUCGGACUUUCCUGGUCUCUUCUCCCAGGACACAGUGGAAGAGCCUAUUGCACAUGCAUUGGCUGCACCAGCCUCCCGCAAGGAGUGCCCUUCUGCUGUCCACAGUGCUGCAGCCCACUCAGCCUGCAAGCACCCAGCGCAGGGCAUAGGAACCUGUCCAGGAUUCAAAGCAUUAAGCGGGGCUGCAUCCCUGCUGCCUGGGAUUCCUGGGACUCUGGAAGGUUUAUGAAUCCAGUCACCGUAGCACUUGCUCUGGGAUCCUGCCGGCUUCCGUACUGACCUCCCUCCCCCACUGAGUACAAGACAGAAUACAUGGGGCGCCCUUCCUGCCACACCUGGCUCAGAGCCAGUGCACCCUACUGAGCAGGCUGCUGGGUGAUGCUUAUUUCCGUCCAGCAGGAGGUCUGGGAGGCCCAGGCGCUACGCACUGCUUCUCAGAGCGUCGAGCGGACGCUCUGGGUGUGCUAGUGCCUUUGGGAGACUCUGUGACUCAGGGCAGAGGACCAAGGGGAACAGGGGUGUCUCUCAAUAAAUAGAUCACUAAGCAAUGUGUAUGAACAAUAGAGAAAACAGCCCUAGAAGCCAGUGUCCUCUAACGAAUGGUAGGUUUUACCGCACACCCUGGCCUGGCCUGCGACCUUCCAGCCAGCUGGAUUGAAGGGCACCAUCCCCAAAGGGCAGCCGUGCACACCCGCCGGGAGCACGCCGUUCGGCUGGCUUCCGAGCGCUGCCCCUUCGAGCCGGCUGUCCCAUCGCAGUCAGAGCCCGGUACCUCGGCCCCGAGAGCUGAGUCCCAACUGCUAGAGCAGCAGACCUCUGCAGACCCUCAGGACAACCCUUCACAUGGGACUCUCGCCUCUCCUAGCUGGGAGAAGAGUGGCAGGACUCCUUCCUUCCAACAGCAUCAUGUCACCCCACAUUUAUGCAGAGCCCGUGAGCAGGGGCCAAGGCACGACAGCAAAACCAAGAAUAACAAUCAAAUGAGAAGACUCUUGCUGGCCAGUCACCCUCCAUAUAACCCUGUCUCUAAGGCCUGCCAGUUUAUGUGGAGGAAAAACAUUAUCCACUAAUUUGGCCUCAGCACACUGCUACCCUCUACCAGGGGAGCAUGUGUAUCAGCCAUGUCCUCCAGUGGUUGCGCUAGAGGAGCUGUCUCUUCAUCCCACUGAGACGUGGGGUUACAGCAACAUACCACCCCCGCAAUGGGACCUUAACUCUGGCCCCUGGAGCUGGCGAUGCCCCCACAGAGUGCCAGCAUCGGGGCUGGGGGUGCUAUAGGAAAUAGGAAGAACGACGGAGAUGUUUGUCUUGAUUCCAAUUUGCAGCAUGGACCUGAACACACA